AUGGCGCGAACGAUGCAGUUCCGUUCAUGGACACUGGUGGUCGCGCUGGCCUGCGUGUCGGGUGGUGCAUCCUCGGAGUACUUGAUGGGCGGUCACGUGGACAACAGUCCGCCGAAGUCCCUGUUGGAAGAGAUCGAAUCGUCGCCGGCUUUGGCGAGGACGUCGCAGCUGGACGACCUUGACCUGGAUCUCGACGCGGAGGAGAGCACCGUUGCCCUUUCGACGUCGAACGACGAGGACGCGUUGCGUUAUCACGUCCCGUAUCCUUUCGCCUUCAACGGUGGCAGACCGUUCUCGCUGGAAAAGGAUCCGAUCACCGGGCAGAUCGACUUCGAGAAAGCGCCGCCCGUGAAGGCGUUGAACUACACCACGCGCUACCAAGACCGUCAACCAAACGACGACAAACAGACCAACAACGGUGCAGCGGACAAUUUAUCGAAGGAGGUCGCAGUAGCUGUUACCUACUCGAAGAAAAAGACCGAGAACAAAGAGACAGUGGACGUCAGCCCUAAUGAGAUCAAUCCCUAUUCGCCGAACUUCCAUGACUUUCUCAAUCUUCCUGUACGGUAUUCUUCCGUCAAGGACAAAUAUCCGUUGAUAUCUAGUUCCUACGCGAACACCAAGGUUCAAAGUGGCUCGAACAGCUACAGCACCUACAAUCACAAACCGUAUCACGGGGAAACCGUUCUAUAUUAUCCAACCAGGAAGCCGUACGUGCCAAAAACGACCGUGUCGACGGCCACAACAAUGGCUCCUAGAACCACACCGUCGUCCACUACUACCACUACCACCACCACAACGACUCCUAGACCUACAACAACUACAACAACCACUACCACCACAACUACAACAACACCUCCUCCACGAACCACUGCCUCCACCACCACAAAAGCACCUGUUGUAACUACUUGGAAACCUCCGAUUACUACUCCUAAGCGAUAUAUCGAUCAUUUGGACGAUUAUGAAGAUAUUCUGCCGAUAGAAAAGCUACAAGCUUCUAUGUAUAACAAUAAUAAUAAUCAUCAUCAUCAGGGACCAAAUAAUAUAGUUCACAACAGGGACCCACAGCUGAAACCGCCUAUACACCAUGAUGAGUACAUUGACACUUACGAAGAUUAUGAAAUUGCCGAAGAGGAUAUGAAGGAUUACGGUCCAGUGAAGGAAUCGACAAACGAAAUCGUUAAAACAAGCACCUUACCUACUACAAUCCCCACUGUUCAGAACAUAACGACUACUGCCGGAACACCAGAGACUACUGUAACCGUUACAACAAGUACGCUUGCUCCAUCAUCACAAACACCAUCUUCGGUCUUCACAGGUUCUUCGCCGAUGCCUCAGGACAGCACGUACCAUAGUAAUUCGUUAGCGUUCCAAGUGUCACCACAACGUCCAGUGACUUCAAUGCCCUUGGACAAUGAUCCGAGGGUCCCGAUUACAUUCGAGAAUGACAAUAGAAGGCAAGGUGUAGCAGACAAUGUCAUAAUUAAUCACGGUUACAGACCGAAUCCAAUGGUCAAUCAAAGACCAAGUGGCUUAGGCGGAAUGCUGGUGGAAAGCACCAGUAACAUUGUCAUACCGCCUGAUCAGGACACAGUCUCCUUUGUCCUUGGUAACAGACAGAACGUCGAAGGAGGAUAUUAUUCACUGGGCACAGCCAUUGGAGAGAAUCUUUACGGUGGUUCGACUGGAAUCGAUUCCUCUUUCAGACCUCUACACAGUGCGCAAUCCGAUAAAGGUAACUACGAGCCGCAAGUACAUCCGGGAACCGUUGGUCUGUCUUCGGUGUCCGUGCUCGAUAAUAAUCCUAUUUACGCCGCACAAACCUGGAGACAACCGAAUCCUUCUGCUGCGCAAAAAACAACCAACGAGAUAGAACCGUCCAGACCCCAAAACACAUUCGUUAAGGGUACAGUGCUCAUGGAACAAGUGGACGACAAAAAAAACGACAAAGAUGUGAACUUCGUUGUGUUUCCUAAGGAUGAACCGAAGCAACCCGUAGAGGAGCAUAUCGUGGUCAUAAACGAAGCUGACGGAUCUAUACACGAGAUCGUGCCUUCUUCGACCACAAGUAAACCCGUCAGGGUAGAUUCAUCCGUAUCGAACGACGAACAUUUGCCACAGCUCUCAGAGGACCUGACUCCACCGGCGGAAAGACCAAGGCCUCCGCAACAAUUUUAUUACCAUUAUCACCACGGCGGGACGGCGAGACCUGAUCAUCCAAGGCCUCAACGGCUACCGCUACCACCACCUCGUGGAAAGCAACCACUGCAACCUCCUCUUCCUCCAUCUCCUCCCUCAGACCUAGGAAUAAGGAGACGUCCCUAUCCUGAUUCCAAUCUGCCCAACAUUCUGCCACAGUUCAGACCUAACGCGAAAACAUCUCACGGACACCGUGGUUCAGAGGCUAUCGGAACUAUUCCGGCUGGUCAGUCUUAUCCCCCAAGAAUGAGGCAACCCAUACAGAUUCAUCCGCCUACGAGAAGACCACUACCACCUCCACCGCCGUCUUAUCUGCAAAGACUGAAUCCUCCACCGCCGCCAAUCCACGCGCUCCGAGUCGCCGGUGCAGCCUCCACGAAGACCGAGAACGUUGUUCCACCCAGAGAUUCGGAAUCAACGGUCAAGAGGUUUCGUGUCCCGUCGGUACCAGCCACCUCCAGAGGCGACGAGGAUAUCAAAUCGCUUCAGAGAUUGUCCAGUCAAAAACUGCGCUUAGAAGAGGAGGAGGGGUCGGAUCGUUACUCGGAAAAACGAAGAACAGCCGAAUCACCGCAUGUGGCCACCCUUCAAAUGAUCCAACAACACGGGGAAUUCGAAGAGGAUAACACGGAGUCAAGCCUGCAAUCUGGCGGGCCAAACGUGAACGACGAAUCAGAAGAGAUUGUGACUGAUCAGGAGGCAGAUAGGCGAAAAUUUGAUAACAGAGAGACCAUGGCCGAGCCGCCGGUCUACGUAGUCUAUCCAGUUAACACCGCGGUGAACAUACAUCCUGACGAUUCCCGAGAAAAAGACGAGAUCCAGGAUAACGAGGAUCAGGAAAUGGACGAAGAACAAGGUCCGCCUAUUCAUGGAUUAUUCAGCGGACGACCAGUGGUAGCCUCUGAUUUCCCUUAUCCCCUGGAACGUCCCGAUCCCUCGAUUCUUGUCAACGGGAUGAGAGAGACACCCAUAUUAGUACCUAGCGAUCAGCGACAGCAAGAGGAAACUGUGAAAGAGAACAGCGAGGAGAAGGACGACAAGGAUUCCAGCGUAAAUGUUAUACCCUAUUUACAGGACUUCGUUCCUUUCCCAGCAAGGAAAAAUGAUGUCAUCUCGGCGACUCUUCACAGAGUGCCGUCCAUGCCAUCGACCUCGACGCCAAUCGCUUACGUCUACACGCCCACAGCGCAAGCCUCUCAUCGACUCGAUGUAGACGUACGAGACGAAGAAAUAUCUAAGAACGACCACAACGAACAGAAGCCAGUUUUGCUGCCCUCGCAACAGCCGUCCAGUUCUUCGAGUUCAGCGCCCUCGCCGCAAAAUUUCAUGGCGCCAUUUGUCGCCAGUGUCAGCGCAGAAGCACCAUCUAAAAACGGCUGGAGCGUUGUUGUCGUAGAACCGACUGUCAAUAGAAAGUCCGAUGACAAUCACGACUCCUCCGAGGACACGUCCGAAACGGACGAGGCACAGACGGAAAAGAGUGAAUUCGAUGUCGAGAACUUCAAGCCCCAGUUGUUCGGUGGUUUCAAGCCGAUUUAUGAGUUUCCUACGGAGGAUCUGGAUAGGCUGGAACGACGAGAGUCCGCUGAUGGGGAUCCAGAGAUGGGCACGCGUGUCCAGGAAUCUGCUGGUUCGACUGUUUGAUGAAGGGAAUAGGUUCAAUGACUAGAAAAUACGCUAUUUAAAUGAGAAUACCUUAGUUUCGAGUAUUUUGUUAAUUGUUAUGACGUCCCUGUUGGCAUUA